AUGCAUUGUUAUCCUCUGUAUAUUGAAGCUGAAUCUGAAAUUGAUAAUGGUAAUGUCCUUGGGGUAGUCUUGAGUAAUUUGUUGUCAUCUUACCAGGAGACGAUGUUUACUAUUGAUGUUGAUCGUGGAGAAGAUAGUGCGGGUGCAAGUCCUCAAGCAGCCAAUGGAGUUCAAAACUCCCGCAAUUCCGGUGGACAAGAGGGACCUGAUGAUGGAGUGCAGACACCUAAGGUGGGGAACUCCUCUUCUACUAAGUUUCCUUGGGCAAAUGUUUCCAAAAAUCUGCUCUUAGCAUACCAGAGUUUCGGGGUGGUUUAUGGAGACCUCAGCACGUCACCACUUUACGUUUAUAAGAGCAUAUUUGCUGGAAAGCUGCCAAAUUAUAAUAACGAGGAUGUCAUAUUUGGUGCUUUUUCUCUUAUAUUUUGGACCUUAACACUAAUACCUUUACUGAAAUACAUGCUCAUAGUGUUGAGCGCUGAUGAUAAUGGUGAAGGUGGGACAUUUGCUCUUUAUUCUCUGCUCUGCAGACAUGCAAAAUUUAGUUUGCUACCUAAUCAACAAGCUGCAGAUGAGGAGUUAUCCACUUACAAAUAUGGCCCUUCAGCCCAGCAUGCAGCAUCUUUGCCAUUUAGAAGAUUUCUUGAAAAGCAUAAGAAGUGCCGGACCAUAUUACUCCUUGUAGUGUUGUUAGGAGCAUGCAUGGUAAUAGGUGACGGUGUAAUUACUCCCGCAAUUUCUGUUCUGUCUGCGGUAUCUGGAAUUAAAGUUUCACAUGGAAGGUUAACUCAAGGUGAAAUUCUCUUGAUCGUCUGUGCAAUUUUGGUUGGGUUAUUUGCCCUUCAGCACAUCGGGACACACAGGGUUGCUUUUUUGUUUGCACCGGUGGUUGUUCUUUGGUUGAUAUCAAUAUUUGCCAUUGGUCUAUAUAACACAAUCUACUGGAAUCCAAAAGUUGUAUCUGCCCUUUCUCCUCACUAUAUAGGCAAGUUUUUCAGAGAAACUGGUAAAGAUGGAUGGUUGUCCCUUGGAGGAGUUCUUCUGGCGAUAACAGGUACUGAAGCUAUGUUUGCUGAUCUUGGCCAUUUUACUGCCACUUCCAUCCGAAUUGCUUUUGCAUUUGCUGUAUACCCUUGCCUUGUGCUCCAAUACAUGGGUCAGGCUGCCUUUCUCUCAAAAAAUGUCGAAUCAAUUCCAGAAAGUUUCUAUGAUUCAAUUCCUGAUAAAAUAUAUUGGCCUGUAUUCAUCAUUGCUACUCUGGCUGCAAUUGUUGCCAGUCAGGCUAUCAUUUCAGCCACCUUUUCAAUUGUUAAACAGUGCAAUGCACUUGGUUGUUUCCCCCGGGUAAAAGUUGUUCACACCUCAAGACACAUCUAUGGGCAGAUUUACAUACCAGAAAUAAACUGGAUUCUCAUGAUUAUUACUCUAGCUAUUGCCAUUGGGUUUCAGGAUACAACUACUAUUGGAAAUGCAUAUGGCCUGGCUUGCAUGACCGUCAUGUUUAUAACGACAUUCCUGAUGUCACUCGUAAUAGUAUUUGUGUGGCAAAGGAGCACAUUAUAUGCGGGGGCAUUCCUCCUGUUAUUUUGGGUCAUUGAAGGUUCUUAUUUGUCAGCGGCUGUAAUAAAGGUUCCUCAGGGUGGUUGGGUCUCCCUUUUGCUGUCAUUCGUUUUCAUGUGCAUUAUGUUUGUUUGGCACUAUGGAACUCGCAAGAAGUACAACUCCGACCUGCACAACAAAGUUCCACUGAAAUGGUUACUUGGCUUGGGACCCAGCCUUGGUAUCGUUCGUGUGCCUGGAAUAGGUUUAAUAUACUCGGAGUUGGCUACAGGAGUUCCUUCGAUCUUUUCUCACUUUGUGACAAAUCUACCUGCUUUUCAUUCUGUAUUGGUGUUUGUUUGCGUGAAGUCGGUCCCUGUGCCAUAUGUAUCACCUGAAGAACGCUUCCUCAUUGGUCGAAUUUGUCCGAGACCGUAUCGCAUGUAUCGUUGCAUCAUAAGAUAUGGAUACAAAGACAUUCAGCGAGAUGACGGGAACUUUGAAAACCUGCUGAUUAAAAGUAUAGCUGAGUUCAUUCAGAUGGAAGCUGUCGAGCCGCAGUUCUCGAGCCCUGACAAUGCGUCAUUUGAUGGGAGGAUGGCGGUCAUAAGCACGAGAGAUGUUGGGUCUAGUUCAAGUUUAAUCUUAUCAGAGCAUGACGAUUUUGAUGCUGCAAGUAACUCCAUCCAAAGCAGCAGCAAAUCCUUGACACUUCAGAGUCUGAGAUCGGCAUAUGAAAAUGAGAACCCUCAAAUGAGGCGACGCCAAGUCAGGUUUGCAUUGCCAGAAAGUCCCGGUAUGGAUAUUGCGGUUAGGGAAGAGCUGUUGGAUUUAAUUCAGGCAAAAGAAGCUGGCGUCGCAUACAUAAUGGGGCACUCGUAUGUGAAGGCAAGAAGGUCAUCAUCUUUCUUGAAGAAGCUAGUAAUCGAUAUCGGGUACUCCUUUCUUAGGAAGAAUUGCAGAGGUCCUGCAGUUGCUCUUAACAUCCCCCACAUUAGCCUUAUAGAAGUUGGGAUGAUAUAUUAUGUGUAG